UGCUGCACACAAAAACAGAAACACUGUGCAAAUCCACAGCCCCCUUCCUUCCUAGCCCCCCUUCUCUCAGCAUUUCUAUCCCCGCCUCCUCUUAUCCAAAUUUUCCAGUCGACCACUGGAGCCAACUUCCGCAAUCUUGAUGGAAUAAAUCUAGCACCCCUAGUUGUCCGCCCACACUUUCCUGCCGAAACGAGGCCAGACAACAGAUUUCCACCAGCAGGAUGUGGGCGCUCAAGAUUCUGCUGAUACCCAUGGUGAGCUUUGCUCUGUACCCUGAGGAGAUACUGGACACCCAGUGGGAGCUGUGGAAGAAGACCCACAUGAAGCAAUACAAUAGCAAGGUGGAUGAAAUCUCUCGGCGUUUAAUUUGGGAAAAAAACCUGAAGUAUAUUUCCAUCCAUAACCUUGAGGCCUCUCUUGGUGUCCAUACAUAUGAACUGGCCAUGAACCACUUGGGAGACAUGACCAGUGACGAGGUGGUUCAGAAGAUGACUGGACUCAAAGUAUCCCCCUCUCACUCCCACAGUAAUGACACCCUCUAUAUCCCAGACUGGGAAGGUAGAGCCCCAGACUCUAUCGACUAUCGAAAGAAAGGAUAUGUUACUCCUGUCAAAAACCAGGGUCAGUGUGGUUCCUGUUGGGCUUUUAGCUCUGUGGGUGCCCUGGAGGGCCAACUCAAGAAGAAAACUGGCAAACUCUUAAAUCUGAGUCCCCAGAACCUGGUGGAUUGUGUGUCUGAGAAUGAUGGCUGUGGAGGGGGCUACAUGACCAAUGCCUUCCAAUAUGUGCAGAAAAAUCGAGGUAUUGACUCUGAAGAUGCCUACCCAUACGUGGGACAGGAUGAAAGUUGUAUGUACAACCCAACAGGCAAGGCAGCUAAAUGCAGAGGGUACAGAGAGAUCCCUGAGGGGAACGAGAAAGCCCUGAAGAGGGCAGUGGCCCGGGUAGGGCCCAUCUCUGUGGCCAUUGAUGCAAGUCUGACCUCCUUCCAAUUUUAUAGCAGAGGUGUGUACUACGAUGAAAGCUGCAAUAGUGAUAAUCUGAACCAUGCGGUUUUGGCAGUGGGAUAUGGAAUCCAGAAGGGAAAGAAGCACUGGAUAAUUAAAAACAGCUGGGGAGAAAACUGGGGAAACAAAGGCUAUAUCCUCAUGGCUCGGAAUAAGAACAACGCCUGUGGCAUUGCCAAUCUGGCCAGCUUCCCCAAGAUGUGAUUCCAGCCAGCCACGCCCAUCCUGCUCUUCCAUUCCAUCUAUGAUGGUGCAGUGCGAUGAUGUGCUUUGGAAGGGAGUUGGUGUACCAUUCUUGAAGCAGAUGUGAUGACACUGAGAUUGUUCAGUAUCCCCAAUUGUUUGUGCUUCAGGUGAUCCCUACUACUUCACUCCUCCUCGCCCAAGGCCUUUUUCAUUGUGGCCACAGCAGGAAUUUCCCUGACAGGUGUGUACUGUUAGGCCAAGAGAUGUGACCACAGCCUGCCCAUGACUGUGCUGUCCUGGGCUGGUGCUGUGCAGGUAGAGACUAGAGAUUUUCACGUAGGUUAGAUUCUCAUUUGUUGGGACUUGUUAGCUUUUACUACCCUAGAGGACUAGGGUGACCUGACUUCUCAGCUUCCAAUUCCCUUCUUCUACAUCCUCAAGGUAGAACUUUCUAUGUUUUCCACUCCAUAAGUGGUAACUUUGGUAAAAGUUUACAUGAUAUAAGAAAUGUGUUUUCUUUUUCCCUUCUUUGCAUUUUUGAAAUAAAGUAUUUAUCUCUUAUCUACAAUUUAAUAAAUAGCAUUCAGUUCAUAUU